AUGCAAUACUUUUGGGGAAACCACAGCUCUCUGACUGAGUUCAUUCUUCUGGGAUUCUCUCAUGACACAGAGAUAAACAGUAUUUUAUUUGGUGUCUUCCUCUCCCUCUACCUCACUACCCUCCUGGGCAAUGGGCUCAUAAUCACCUUAAUACGCAUGGACACCCAUCUCCACACACCCAUGUACUUUUUCCUCAGUGUUCUCUCCAUUCUGGAUAUGGGCUAUGUCACCACCACAGUGCCCCAGAUGUUGGUGCAUUUUGUUUGCAAGAAGAAGACUAUCUCGUAUAUUAGAUGUGUUGCCCAGAUGUACAUCUUCCUGAUGUUAGGAAUUACUGAAUCUUGGCUUUUUGCAAUUAUGGCUUAUGACAGGUAUGUGGCCAUCUGCCGUCCCCUGAGAUAUAAAGUCAUAAUGAGUCCGUCACUGUGUGGGAUAAUGGUGGCCUUUUGUGCAUUCUGGGGUAUUAGCUGUGCCCUAAUAUAUACUGUCUCUGCUAUGAUUCUUCCCUAUUGUGGACCCAAUGAGAUCAAUCAUUUCUUCUGUGAGGUACCUGCAGUCUUGAAGUUGGCUUGUGCUGACACAUAUCUCAAUGAUCAAUUGGACUUCAUCUUGGGUUUCAUCCUUCUCUUGGUCCCACUCUCCCUCAUCAUCAUUGUCUAUAUUAAUAUCUUUGCUGCCAUUUUGAAGAUCCGCUCAGUCCAAGGCCGACUGAAGGCCUUUUCUACCUGUGCUUCUCACAUCACUGUGGUCACUAUGUUCUCUAUUCCGUGUAUGGUUAUGUAUAUGAGACCUGGCUCUGAGGCUUCUCCAGAAGAGGACAAGAAGUUGGCUCUGUUCUACAAUGUCAUCUCUGCCUUCCUCAACCCUAUCAUCUACAGCCUGAGGAACAAAGAUGUCAAGAGGGCUUUCCUCAAAGUGACAGGAUGGGGAAAAGUACCAGAAUGAAGUUACAGAAGAAUAGACACCAGUAACAAACUCAGGACACAGCCUACAUGCCUUUCAAACAUAGAAAGGGAACCACAGGUUUGGGGACAUUUUCUUUUUUUUUUUUUUUUCUUUAAGAAAGGAUUAAUUAACAAAACCAUAGGGUAGGAGGGAUACAACUCCACACAAUUCCCACCACCCAAUCU